AUCUUCAGUCGGCGAAAUUAAUGACAAUGUCGUGUCCAAAUAAUAACAAACCCAUAGCGAUUGACUUGUUUUCAAAAUAUUUUUCCUCAAGAACCUCAAGAACGAAAAGUUCUUAACAUUCAUUUGCUUAGCAAAGUGUUGAUAUCUCGAACGACGACGACAUUCAGAUAAUUAAAUCAACGUCCAAGUAAUGUUACAGCGAGACCAUGUUCGUGAGGUCAACCAUUUGUACUCUGUACCAUUGUGCAUCCAUUGCUACCAAAUACAACACAAAUCUUGCGGCUCUGUAUCCACGAUUCAAUCGUAUUAACGAUAUUCACUUAAAGUCCUACAAAGUAUACCAGGAAGCACCGGACUGGAGACCAUUCGAAAAGAAUUUUUACAGGCCGCCUGACAACAUUCAUCCGAAGGAAGACAUCGACAGAUUUAUUAGCAAACACAAAAUCACUGUCAACGGACCGGCACCAACUCCAAUACUUUCAUUCGACGAGUAUUGCUUCCCAGACUACGUACAAAAUGAAUUAAAGGGCAAGGACUUUACGACACCCACACCGAUCCAGUCACAAUGUUGGCCCAUUGCGUUGAGUGGACAAAAUUUAGUUGGUGUGGCGCAAACAGGCAGUGGCAAGACAUUGGGAUACAUUUUACCGGCCAUUGUUCACGUAAAAAACCAGGAAGCAUUGCAAAAGAGAGAAGGUCCCAUUGCACUGGUUCUAGCUCCAACUAGAGAACUGGCACAACAGAUCCAACAAGUCGCAAAUGAAUUUGGCACACCGUCCAAUGUUCGAAACGCCUGUUUGUAUGGUGGUUCCGACAAACGUCCACAAGUUCAUGCGCUGCAGCAAGGAAGUGAAAUUGUCAUUGCUACUCCUGGACGGCUGAUCGAUUUCCUCGACUCUGGAAUGACGAAUCUUAACCGAUGCACAUACUUAGUAUUGGACGAAGCGGAUCGUAUGCUUGACAUGGGAUUCGAACCACAAAUACGAAAUAUUUUAGAGAGAAUUCGUCCAGACCGACAGACUCUGAUGUGGUCAGCGACCUGGCCCAAAGAUGUUCGUAUCCUCGCUGAAGAUUUCCUCGGUUCGUUUACACAAAUUAAUGUGGGAUCCAUGGAGCUAUGCGCUAAUCACAACAUCAAACAAGUGGUUCAAGUAUGCGAUGAAGCCAAAAAACGAUUUGAACUUCAAGCUCUCAUCCAAAACAUCCACGGGCAAGAUGGACAGCCAAGAAAGAUUUUAGUGUUUGCCGAAACGAAACAAGGUGUCGAUUACAUUGGAAAGUACAUCAAGAGUUGUGGUAUUAAAUGUUCUGUCUUACAUGGCGACAAGUCUCAAAAGGAACGAGAGCAUAUAUUGAAUGGAUUCCGCAGUGGGAUCGUAAACAUUGUAGUUGCUACAGAUAUGGCUGCCCGGGGCUUAGAUGUCGCUGGAAUCAACUGUGUGAUAAACUUCGAUUAUCCAAGUACAUCGGAAGCCUAUAUUCAUCGAAUAGGUCGUACCGGUCGUGGUGGUGCACCUGGAACCGCGCACACAUUCUUUACCGAAAACGAUGCUGAAAGGGCAAGAGAUUUGGUUGCUGUGCUUCGGGAAGCAAAGCAGGAGGUGCCCGAUGGUUUAAUGGAAAUAGCCAAUAGUUGUAGCCCUGUACGAAAGAGAAAAUUAUUUUACGGAAAUCCAUUCAGCAUGGGAAAUCAAAAGUUGAAGCAUGGUGGUGGACAUAACAACUCCAAGAAACAGCGUCGGUGAACAACCAAAGAACUACCGCUUCGGAUGUGGAUUGUGGAGUAAGACGUCUCGACGAUGAUGAUGACGACUUAUCCAUAUUGAUUUAUACCUAGGUGAGAUGUGAUCAGCAAUUGUUUUCGCAAAAAAAUAUCAUGAAGGCAAAGGCUUGUGUUGGUUGAUUUAACAAGGCUGGUAGA